AUGACAAUCGAUGCUAAUCUUGCCAACCCUUACUGUUUUCGGACUCUGACUAAACUGUCUAAGAGUCCCCUAGGAUUCGGUGGCUUCGCAACAACCCUAAUGACCCUUUCUCUUUCCAUGAUGGGCUUCCGAGGAGUCGAAAACCAGACAAUAUUCAUUUCGAACCUUUGUUUCCUCGCCGGAGUAGGUCUUCUUAUAUCCGCGCAGUGGGAGAUGGUUAAAGGGAACACAUUUGCCUAUACGGUACUCGCUGCUUUUGGAUUAUAUUACGGCGGAUAUGGAGUCUUGCUAGCACCCUCGUUAGGUGUUAUAGAUUCCUACGGUGGGAAAACAGCCGAGUACUACAACGCAUUCGCGUUCUACCAGCUAAGUCAGGAUGCCCCUUCCCAACGUUCAAGUUGCAGACCCGAACCUGGACUAAUGAAUGCGGCCAAAGUUUGGUGCUUUUUGAAUUUCUUUUUCCUGCUAGCUUCUCUACCGACAAACGUCCCGAACAUUAUCGUUUACGCCGCCUUGGAGCUAUGCUACAUCUUCAACUGUACUGCCCAUUUCAUGAAAGCGGAUCUCAGGAUGGAAUUAGGUGACGAUAUCACUAAGGUGGCUGGUGCUUUUGGUUUCAUAUCGGCGACAGCUGGGUUCUAUCUACUAGCACACGGACUGUGCCAGGAUACUUUUCCUUUUGAGAUUCCUUUGUUUGAGACUAAGUGUUUCUUUCGACGACGGCGAUUUGGUUGUGAAGGGAUGGAUGGAGCGAGCUCGGUUUAG